AUCCAUAUCUUCGACUUCCGGUGCUUCCUUUAAGUCUAAACUGCAUAUUCUAGUCUAGAGUGCAUCCAAUCGACACUACCUAUCGUACCAGCGCUCUGUACCGUGAGCCAUGCUCGCCAUAAGCGAACCUGGGCCGUUGACGGACUUCGUGACCCACACCCCCCAACCCCAAGGGACAUUCAAGUAUUUGUUGGAGCGACUGCUUGGAAUUGAAUCGCUCAAUUUCGAAGGAUACCCCCCGGAAUUACUCUUCCCGAUAGAGGAGGCCGAGGGGAAGUAUAGUCUAAGGCGGAAGAAGGAGAGAAAAGGCAUAUUGAGUCUAACCUAUUACUGUAACAAGCCCAGGCGUGGCAGCUCCGGUUGCGAUCCCUCCAUACGAAGGAACACUAAGAUGAACUUAAACCAAUAUCAACGGUCUCCGAACAUAGCUCUCUACUUGAACAUCUAUCGCUCGCCCAGAUGUUUCUGUUGGAGCUGGGCCUCCAUGGAUUUCCACAGUUGGUACAGUUGUGCCAGCAACUGCGGUGGCAUUGUCCACUUCUUGAUUAGCUCGAUCUCUCUCAGUGCAUUCUUGACACUGAAGGCCUUGCAUAUCUGCUCGCGGUAUUAGCAAAGAUACGACGGCUCGAGACUCCCGACAACUGUCUUUAGCGCCGCAGCGCCUUGGCCAUACUUUUUCGACAAGACGCCUUAUCCGCGACGCUGGAAGACAUUUAGAUACCAG